AUGUAUCGUGGAAAAGAUUAUGCUGGCUACAAAUUCUUUUACUUUCCAAAAGCAUCACCACGACAUGAGUGGUAUCAGCCAAAAGGAAAACUUUUCAUGGAUUUAAACGAUUCUAGUGAUUCUUCAGAUUUUGAAAACGGCAAUGUUCCAUAUCCGACAGGAUCACCGAGACAAUCUGGAAGUAAUUCUUUUGGUCUCGUAUCAGGAAGUCCAAAACAAGCAAAAUUGCAGCAGAAUCCUCCGAAAAAGAGAAUGUUUUACGAUGCAUUCGAAAGUGAUUCAAGUGAUUUCGAUAUACCAAUGCCAUCAUUCUUGCAAAAGCGUAGGAAGUCACCUGCAAAGAAUGGCUCCCAAGGAUCAACAAAUACAGUCGUUGAAAUACAUGAUUUUGACAUUGUCGAAAGCGAUGACGAAGAUACAGAGGAUCUAAAAGUAAUAGAGUUUUCUAAGACAGAAGAGGAGGAUAAAAUCGAUAUAUCUGAUGAUUCCAUAGCAUUACCUGAACAAAAUAAGGAUAAAAACGGUAAUGUAAGCAAAUUAACACCACUCGAUGACGAUGAUGAUUCAUUAGAAGAUAUUAACAAGGAAAAGCCUAUUGAAUUGGUUGAUGACGAUUCUUUAGAUGAUCUUCCUCCUCCAAAUCAGAAAAAUGAUGAAAACGAUAAAAUUACAAACAUUUCUGAUGACGACGAUGAUUCGAUUAAUGACUUGAAUCCACCACAAGAAAAUAAUGAAAAUUUUGAAAAAGAAUCUAAGAAUAUAAACCCUCUUGAUGAUGACGACGAUGAUUCAAUUGAUAUCAUUAAUACGCCUGAAAAUGAAAAAGGAGAUGAUGCUCAAAAGAUUAAUCCGAUUGAAGAUGAUGACGAUUCUAUUGACAUUUUCGAUCCAGCAACUAAAACAGAUGAAGAUCAGAAACAAGGUGAUAAUGUCAAUCAAGAUAUUUUAGAUGAGGAAGAAGAAGAACAAUUCGAACCUGAACAAAUACCUGAAAAUGGAGCCGAAGAGGAAGAAGAUGCGAAUAAAAAUGAGGAGGAAGAUGAGUUGGAUCUAUCACCAACAAAAACAAGAGAAGUUACUCACAACAAAUUCACAUUUACAGUUGAUAGACCAAAAAGAGCUCCUGUAAGGAAAUCAUUGCCUCCAAUUGACUUCAAGAAACUUGAAUUUAAGAAUACAGAACUGUUUGUCGAAGAUGAAGUUUUAUUUUUGUAA